ACAGGUUUACCUGAGAAACCAACCAUCACAAAUACAGAAACAGAAGUUGACAAGGAUUUCAUUGUUACCUGGUCAGAAGCUGAGGCCAACAGCAGUAAUUGCAGCGUUAAAUACCGUCUGGAAUGGAGGAAACAACCCGUGACAGGAUCCACAGAAAUGGCUCAACGAGGAAAUAUUGUGGAAACUCACCUCAAGAUUACUGGUCUUGAGUAUGACACAGAGUAUGAAGUGAAACUGUUCGCUGUCAACGAACAAGGAGACAGUGAGCCAGAUGUCAGAACAUUUAAGACAAAGAGUGGUAUGUACCUUUAUUUGAGACUUCUCACUUUACUUUUGGUGUAAUUGUUUGAAAUGAAAUAAGAGAAAUACUGUCGGUCCCAAAUACAGGAGUAAUACUGCUUGUAAGGGGGGGGAGGAUUGUGAAACUUUCUGACAACAUGUAUAGGUUUAAUACUCAUGUUGCAGCUCUCAUAUGAGAAAAAAUAAUCAUUUGCCCAACAUUUUUUUACAAUCGUCAUUUUUGAUUCGGUCGUAAAUUACAUUGAUAAGAGUUGUUCAUCAAUGUUUUAUUAACCUUUCUUAUUAUAUCAAUAUGUUUAGUUUUAGUAACAAAAAAUAUUUCACAGUUUUUAGAGGCAAAGUUUAAAAGAAGCAUCAUUUUGAACAGGUUUACCUGAGAAACCAACCAUCACAAAUACAGAAAUAGAAAUUGACAAGGAUUUCAUAGUUAACUGGUCAGAAUCUGAGGCUAACAGCAGUAAUUGCAGCAUUAAAUACCGUGUUGAAUGGAGGAAACAACCCAUGACAGCAUCCACAGAAAUCUUUCAUCAUGGAAAUAUUGUUGAAACUCGCCACACGAUAACUGGUCUUGAGUAUGACACAGAGUAUGAAGUGAAACUGUUUGCUGUCAACGAACAAGGAGACAGUGAGCCA